AUGAAUGUUUGUGAAAACAGGAUUCACAGUUUCUUCCCAUCGCUCCAUUGCACGAUAAUCGCAAACUGAACGUACCGUUGCGUGGCGGAGUCAAGUGUGUCGAACGUUAGUGUGACUCCGCAGAUAAAGUGAUGCUCCUGAAAUAGUGGAUCCAAGGAUUCCCUACAUUGUUGUUGCUGUUGUCCCUGUGCUCUUCUGCUGCAGCUGACAGUUGUUCCAGUCUUCGCGACUCGCGGAUAUCAUCGAGCCGAUGUGUAUUAUGUUUCCUUGAAACGCCAAAUGCAGUACGAUUGUCCGGAUUGGUAGCGAAAAGAAGUUGAAUCGAGUGUGGGAUUCGCGCACGGUUUACCGUGAUAUCGUGACACUCGAGAUCGACCAGUCCAGGCCGUGCUCCGCCAGAAUCCGCAGCCCACUGCGAAGCAGGAAAAAUCGACUCUGGGCGCAGUGAGAAUAUAUAGUUUCUUAUGUAAGCUAACUCAAUGUAGGAAGUGGCAAGAGUUCCCUGGAUCGGGCCACUGUUUCUCAAAUAGAGCGAUUUCCACAAUCGCUCACAAGGUGAAUGUAUCAACAAACGACGACAAUCGGCGGUGGCAUCGAGCACAAUGCAAAGCUUGGAACCAGCGUCAUGUCAAGAAGCCGAUUACAUGCUAAAUGAUGCCUACUGCAAGCUGAGAAAAUCUCCCUCGAGGCAAUCGUCACUGCUGAUCGAUCCUCCGCCACAGUAUCCGAAUCUUCCCAGUCCUAUACUUAAUGACAGCACGCCACUGUUCAACACAUCGUCCUCCGGCGACAGUCCCAAUCCGGCCUCGCCAUCACCGACGUUCGCCUCACUGACCACCACCAGCCAUCACUCCCUGUCCCCGCCGGCAACCCUGCUAGCAUCACCAUCACCGUCGUCCUCACCGACCGGGCGAACGACCGCGACUUCGUCGACGCCGUCCAAGUCACUGAACCCCGCGUCCCCAGCAGUCAACCACCACCACCACCACCAACACCUUCACCAUCAUCAUCAUUUGGAAAAGCGGGUCGCGUCGGAAUCGUCCGGCUACGGAAGUGGUUCUCCGUCGAAGAAAUCCAAACUCUCGGCCUCCACUGCUUCCUCGUCCCUGUUUCUGGCUUCCUCGCCCACGCCAUCGGCGUCUUCCAUCACCAGCGGCACAAACACCACCAGCCCAAGUCAGCAACAUCACCACCAUCAUCAUCACCAUCAUCACCAUCAUCAUCAUCAUAACAGCGGUGGUGACGUGGGGAGUGGCGGCGGUGGUGUUGAUGACGGUAUUACUGGGAAUGGUAGUACCAUCACUAGUCCGGGCCAAUGGCAGAGGCUGCAGCAGCAGGUCAGUGGGACACCAAAUACUCCAUCCGGAACGACGAAUGCCCGCGGUAGCGGCAGCGUGGGUGUGGGGGUUGAACGGUUCAACAUUCAUGACAAACUUAAGGAAUUGUAUCUGGAGCUGUUGGCGGAGGAGGAGGACAGCGGUGAGACGUGUGACCGGCUAAACCUGCGCAGUACAUCGUUUCUACUGGAAAAGCUCAUCUUACGCGAACAGCUGAACACGCUUAUUGUCAAUCUCUAUCCGGGCAAUAAAGGAUACUCGCUAGCAUUUCGAAUAGGAUCGCAAAAUGACGCGGGCCGAAAUAUAUCAAAGAGUGGAGCUGCUGCCAAUCUUGCGGCCACUUCGGCGAUGGGUACCGGCGUCGGUCCUCCAUUUGCGUCGUACGAGGGUUCGAUACCGUCCGGUGCUGGUGGUGAUCUCAGUAGCGAACUUUUGCAGGAAACGAUGCGAUGGCCAUACGAAGAGGAGGAGCUGCUGGACUGCAUCGACCGGGAAGAGUUGCCACUCGUGCUGGUGGACAUUCUGGAGAGCAAGUGUCCCAGGCUGUUCUACUGCGGUUGUGUGGUCGCGGAGGUGCGCGACUAUCGGCAAUCGUUUCCUAUGUUUACCUGUGAUACUUUCCACGUUCUGCUGAAACCCACCAAUCAGACUUUACUGGCCGACUUGAACCUCCUCACGGCGGACGGUGAGUGGAGUGCCGAGGACAAGCUGGCGCUGGAAAGUCAACUCGUGCUGGCCACCGCGGAACCGCUCUGCCUCGAUCCGAACCCAGCCGUCGGCAUGAUGGUCAUCAAUCAGCAGCACCGUCGACAUUUGCUCAACACCGCGCCGAUCCGGCGGCAGGCCAAAAAGUUCUCCCAGGUGGCCGUGAAUCGCAAGAGGAAAACGGACCAGUUCACGCACAACUUCGGACUGGAGCUGAGUGACUUUAUCAACAAGUAUCGAGCGCGUCCGCCGCGCCCGCACGUUGCCCGGCGCGGUGUGGUGAGCUUCACCCAGCCCAAAAAACCCUCCGAAGUGGUGCCAACAGUGAACCUGCCUAGCUUGGAGUUGCCCGAACUGGCGGCACCCGCCGAUGUGAAUGUGGAAAAGUACGCCCGCAAGUACGAGGCACCGAAGGAGAGCCGCGACUGCAUUCCGCAGCUAAUCGAGGAGUACAUUCUCGAGACGGACCGCGUCGUCAAUCGGGGCGAUACGCGCGUCUACCACAUCAAGCUGUCCAUCUUUCAGCGUCCCUCAAACUCGGAGUACCUCGGGGAGCUAUACGUCGAUCGCGACUACCGUGAGAACGAACGCAACGGAGAGGCUUGCCAGUUCUCGCUGGGAACGCGUGCCCAUGCGCAUCGGUAUAUUCAGCAGUUUACGGAAAUCUUCACCGAGGAGGGAAGAAAGUCGGUCAAAAUCACUCACCUCGUUCCGGGCCAGAUUCCGAAGGUUCUCCAUACGGCCGGCAUGCGGGAGCAAAAUGUUCAGCAACAGCAGCAGCAACAACUGCAACAACAACAACAACAAGCACAACAGCAUCAACAGCAAAUAAUGCAACAACAACAGCAACAGCAGCAACAGCAACAACAGCAGCAGCAGCAACAGCAUCAGCAGCAACAACAACAACAAACUCAUCAGCAGCAGCAACAAACGCUUGUGCAGCAACAAAUAUCGCAAAUUCAACAACGACUUCAGCAGCAAUCGCACCCUACCCAAGCAUUGCUAACCCGGCUGCAAGCGACAAAUCCCACGUUGGCGUCACAAAUUGCUACAGCGACCGGUGCCGGUGCCAACGGCAGCAUCACCCUGAACGCCACCAACCCGAACACGCUGCCCGGCAAUCAGGCCCAGCAACCCCAACCGCUGGCAGCGGUACCAGCGACAACGGCGACGGCGACGAACGUGCAUCAAACGCUGACCCAUCAGCAGUUGAUAUCCGCUGCGACCGCUUCGGGGGCAAACAUUAUCAGUAUCAGCCCGGCACCCGGGGUCUCCACGGCGCAGGCACAAUUGACGCAACCUACACAGCAGCAAACGCAGAUUCACAUUCAGCCACAGCAUCUGAUAGCGGCAGCAGCAGCCGCAGCUGCAGCAGGUGGCCACCAGCAACAGCAACAGCAACAACAGCAGCAACUGUUCACUGCCGGUGCUUGUGAUACAACCAGUACUGCCACUGGUGGAGUGGUGGCCACCGUGGGCAGCGGUACAUCGUCGACCGUCGCAACGCCACAUGGAACGACCAUCACGCUACAAUCGCAAACACAAGCGGCACCACAACAACAACACCACCAGGGUGUGCAGCAGCAGCAGACGCUCAGCUUGAGCAACGGAUCGCUGCUUUUGCUGCAACCAUCCGGGCAGAUAUCGAACCUUACGAUGACAACCAACGCCGCGGGCCACCAGCAGGUGCUUGCAACGCAGGGCGGUGGUGCAGGAACUGCAGGUGGCGGGUCGGCGGGCAACGCAACGGUCGGUAAUGCGCCUCAGAGUUUCACCUUCUCCUCGGGCGGACAAACGGCGACCAUUAUCAAUCAGGCUGGUGCACGUGGCAUGGGAAAUGCCGUUCCGUUGCUCGUGCGCCUGGAUAACGCCAAGGUAACGCGUGAUGCUUCCGGUAACCUAGUGUCCACACUGGCGCAGCAGCAGCCAACCACCGCCGGGCAGCUGCAGAUACAAGCUCAACAGGGACAAAAUGCUGGCCAACAACUGCAACAGCAGCAACAACAGCAACAGAGCCAGAAUACGAUACACACAACAAACCCGGAAAUCAAAGCGAUUGCAAUAAGUAUCAUGAACUCGGCAAAUCAGUUUAACCGACAACAGCAACAACAGCAGCAACAACAACCUAGCGUCAAAUCGAAUAGCAACGCAGCGAUUCUGAGCCUUCUCAAUAGUGCACCGGCUGCAAUGACAAAUUCGCCGGUGCUGAGCAGUAGUCUAACGUUGCCCGCUGGUAAAACAGUGGCCGAUGUGCAACAGCAUCAUCAGCAACAGCAACAACAGCAGCAACACCAGCACCAGCAGCAUACCAUCCAUCAUCAUCAAUCUGUCGGUGUGGGUGGUACAACGACGACGACGAUAAGUGGCAGCGCGGCAGCGGCCCUUUUCAACAGCGUUGGAGCGCGCAAAAUAAGUAUCCAACAAGCGCAAGCGAGCCAGAACCGUGUCCUGAACCACGCCAACCUCAUCACCGUCAGCAGCGGCACCGGAUCAAACACUCAACAGUUGAUUAACAUCCAAGCAAGCGAUAUUCAGCAGCAGCAGCAGCAGCAACAGCAUCCGACAUCGCAAGUAGGCAUCCAGCAGCAGCAGCUACAACAUCCGCAGCAGCAGGUAACUCAGCACUCGGCGGGAAAUAUUCGCGUUACUAUGUCGGCCCUUGCUACGCAACUGGCUUCGCCACCAGCGAUUCUGACAACCUCCAAUUUACCGCAGAGCUUCAACGUUGCUGCCGCUGCGGCCGCGGCAGCCGCUGCGUCAUCGUCCGGUGGCCAGGUGGUGUCCAGUACGAACGCCGUCUCCAGCACCAACGCCGGUGGGGGUACGUUCGCGGGCACUAGCGGGAUAGCCACGCCCGGGGGCAGUAAACUCAUCAUCAACAGUGCGAACCAGCAGCAGCGCGUGCUCAACAUUAACACGAACGCUGCUGGGACUGCAACCUCCACUGCGGCCGUCGUUGCUGCCGCCUUCGGGGGUUCGAUUCGCCGUGUCAGCGCAAUGGGCGGUGGGGGAAACGCUGGCGAUGGUAUUCAGCUGCAGAUUCAGGGACUGUCGGCGGCUCAGAACAACCCAGGGCUGGUCACCACCUCCACAUCCGGCAACGAUGGAAUGCGACGGACCGUCGUGACGGAUCAGUUGCAGAUACAAAGUAUCGCUUCUCCCGGCAGUGAUCACUCGAACGCGUCGUCAGCCUCAUUGGCUAGCAAUAGCAAUGGUGGUGGCGGAGGACUGAAUGGAAACAACAGUAGCAACAGUGGCAGCAGCAUAAUCUUUAACAACAUGUCUGGUUUAAGUGCUUUGCUCGCGAAUAGCGGAACGGCUGGUGUCGUCGGGGGUAGCGUUAACGUCGAUGGUACGGUCAUGCAGAAUCCCUCGGUCUCGGUGGUGAGCAUUGGCGGAUCGGUCUCUAGCAGCAACAGCAGCGGCAGCAACAACAAUAGUAACGGUGGUACUACCGUGUGCAGUAGCAGCAACACUAACCCAGCAUUAAUCGAAAGACUGAACUCAUCUAGUAGCAUAAACCUUACCAAUAGCGGUAACCUGCCGUCGGCGAGUCCCGGUUUGCAGUUUACCAUACCGUCGCCCAAAACGCCUCAGCAAUCUCAAACGCAUCUGCAGAUCCAAUCACCCGCCAGCACGAUAUCGCCGCUAUCUAGUCCACCACCGCAGGUUACCAUUCUUCCUCAGCAGCAGCAACAGCAGCAGCAGCAGCAUCUGCAAGCUAUCUCUCAACAGCAGCAACAACAGCAACAACAGCCUACUACGGUCAACUUGCAGGGGUUGAAUUUUGCUAGCCUUCAUGGUGCAAUGACUUCCAUCCCCGGGUUGCAAAAUGUACAGGUACAAAUUCCCGGGCUUGCUCAACCCAUCUCGUUGUCGCUCUCCUCCGCCCCCUCCGGAGCGACGGCGGGUGUGCUGAACAACUCGGCCGGAAACAACACUGGUCAAACGACCAGCCUGCUCGUAUCGGUGCCAGUAACUAAUACAACGCAGGUAGUAAAUACCAUCAACGCCGGUGGCAACAGUAAUGUACUUUCAGGCAACUCACAAACAACCCAAACCGUCGUCCUCACGAACCCACAGACGAGUGGUUCCAGCUUGCUCUCCCUUCCAAUUGCUCAAAUUGUCACCUCUGGUAUGAAAGGCCUGGGCCAGCAGGGUAUACGUGCUGGUACACCGCUGACGAUGAGUACCGGACAACCAGGGCAACAGAUUCAGCUACUGAAUAUAAGCCAACGGUCUCGCACUGGCCAGCUACCCGUAGUAAGCUGCGCUGGGACUACGCCAAUCAUGACCAAGCAACUGGCCGCUCGGGUGGCUCAACACCGCCAGCAGAUGGCAACGGUAGGAGGCUCGACGCUGAAAAUAGCAUCACCUAUAACGGCAUCCCCUCAUGGUGGACAACUCAGCAAUACAUUGAACGUAACGACGAAUGCCACAUCCAAUCAACAACUGUUAAUGACUACGAAACAGCUACAGCUAAAAUUGCAACAGCAGCAGCAGCAGCAACAACAAGCGCAACAGCAGCAGCAACAAAUUAUCACAACCACCAAUAGCCAACAACCAGUGACGACAACGCAAAUCCACAUCCAACAGCAGCAGCCGCAGCAACAACAACAGCAGCCAACCGUAGCACAACAUCAAAACUCUCAACAGAUAAACAUUAUCAACAACACCGUUAUGACACCGCUGUCCCUGUCUAGUCCGGUUGUUGUUGCCACGGCGGGUGGUAGUGCACAGCAACAGCAACAGCAGCAGCAGCAAACAACGCAUCCAAACAUAAGCGCAAUUGCAGCGGCCGCGGCGGCAGCAGCAGGCAAGCACCGAAGACGAUCUGCUGCCGAUAUGAACAAGUGAAGAACCGAACGCAAAUAGCUGCCCUGAUAGUGCAGCCGCUAACGCUAUUAGUUAUUGGCAUAUUAACUGCUGCUGUCGCUUCACUGCAACAUAGUUCUUACUAAGCUACUGUUGCUGAUACUGCGGCAGACGUUGUUAAUGGUUGCUAUAAGCAGGACAGCAGUGAAAAGACAAAUCAUCUGCUUUGUAAAAUGCGCCUUGCGCGUGAAAUGCGAAAAAACUUUGAAAAUAAGCGAUCGUACCAGUUACCAUUUCGGAGACGCUUUACGAUAGAAGAACAGGCCCCUAGAGGUACGAUUUGGCGUUCCACUGAGAAGGUACCUCCUGUCGUUUUCAGUAGCAGGUGCGUCAGAAAAGAGAUCAUCGUAUGCUGCAAUGGGCAAACAAUCUCCGAAACACCCAAUUGUGCACGGUUGUUGUUUUGUUCUUCUUUUAUGUGAAUGAUUUUAAAGUGCUUGCUACUAAUAAUGAUAGUUUUAUAUUGUCUUGACAUUUUCCUUGUU